UAUACGCAUACAAUACUAAAUCAUUAAAUUCAAGACCCACCUCCAUCUCCUUCCCACAUCAAUCUCUGUAAAUACAAACAUCUUUCCUUCAAGAACACCCAACACAACACCCACAAAUCAAAUGGACGAAAAAUACUUUCUUUUUUUAGUUUCUUUCAUCUUCAUCAUCAAAACCACAGCCAAUGCUAGUUCAUUUAGUGUGGGUGGUGGUGUCGGUGUUGGGGUGGGUAUAGGCGGCGGCGGUGGCGGUGGCGGAUGGGUGGGUGGUGGUGUGAAUUACCCAAAUCCGUCAGUUCGUCCAUCUUCAAAUCUCAAGAAUGCCUAUAUUGCCCUCCAAGCAUGGAAGACAGCAAUCAAGAGUGAUCCGAAAGGGUUAUUGAGAUCAUGGGUUGGGGCAAAUGUGUGUGCUUACAAUGGAGUAUUUUGUGCAGAUCCGACGGAGGAAACGGGUGAUCCAUCUGGACCAGUAGUUGCAGGUAUAGAUCUCAACCAUGGCAACCUUGAGGGCAUUCUCGUAAAAGAACUCUCUCUCCUCACAGAUAUGUCUCUUCUUCACCUCAACAGUAAUAGAUUCACAGGAACAAUCCCACAAAGCUUUAAAGACCUUUAUGCCCUCACCGAACUUGACCUUAGUAAUAACCAGUUCACCGGACCAUUUCCGGCGACAACACUCCAAAUCCCAAAUCUCCUCUAUUUAGACCUCCGUUUCAAUUCCUUCUCCGGACCCAUUCCUCAAGAUCUCUUCAGCAGAAAUCUCGACGCAAUUUUCCUCAACAACAACCAAUUCGAAGGUGAAAUCCCCCAAAAUUUAGGGAGUUCACCUGCUUCGGUGAUCAAUCUGGCGAACAACAAGCUUACCGGCGACAUCCCUGUAAAUUUUGGGUAUUCCAGUCCGAAAUUGAAGGAGAUCUUGUUCAUGAACAAUCGAUUAACUGGUUGUAUACCUCAAGGAAUCGGGAUGUGGUCAGAUAUGCAAGUGUUUGAUGCGAGUUUCAACUCACUGAUGGGUCAUAUGCCUGAUACGAUAUCUUGUUUGGAAGAUAUUGAAGUUUUGAAUGUAGCACACAACAAAUUGUCAGGUGAGUUGCCGGAUUUGGUUUGUGAAUUGAGAAGCUUGUUGAAAUUGAGUGUGGCUUAUAAUUUUUUUUCUGGAUUUAGUGAAGAAUGUGAGAAAUUGUAUGGAAGGAAUGUUGGUUUUGAUAUUGCAUUGAAUUGUAUUCCGGGGUUGGAAAUGCAAAGACCUCAGCCAGAGUGUUCUAUGAUUCCGGGUGGUGGGUUGAGUUGCCUUAGAAUCCCUUCUCUUAGGCCUCUUGCUUGUGGUACAUUGCUUCAAUCACUAAAUUCAUCGGCUCCAUGAGCCGAUAUAUCUGUGAUUUAUCAUAAACUGAUCGAUAGAUCACAGAUAUUAUUGUGAUAGAACGUAGAUUCUAUCACAAUCUGGGGUAAAUGGUUUUUUGGGAUUUUCCUUUGGAGGAGAGGGGUUGAAUAGUGGCUCUCACUAAGUGAGACAAGGUAGAGGGGGAAAUUAUGACAUGUGUCAAUGAUUAGUGGGGGAUUUAAUGUAAUUAGUGUUUGUGUUUGUAACUUUGUAUGGACAACAUAUGUUUCACGAAGAUUUAGCAAUCUUGGUACAUUAAUUAACUAGCCAUAAUAAUGGAGGUUGACUAUUGUUUUAUUCAUAA